AUGCGACCAACCAAGUUUCAAGACGAUGAUGAAGCCACCGAAAUGCAACACAAACAUAGGCCAAAAGCCGGUGCUAAUAAAGGUGACUCAUACACCGUGUACGACCAGGAGAAGAGACCAGGCAACAAGAGGAGGAUGUUAUCGCGAUUUUUCAUGAUUAUCAUUGACUGCAACAUGAUCGUUCAUGACGAGACCAUUUAUGUCUCGCUGGGAUCAUUAGACCUGUUCUGGCCACUGUUCUGGCCUGGUUAUAAAGAGGGUUUUGUUUUUAUAAGAGGACAUGCUUCAGAAUACAUUCCGAGUGCCAUUGAAGAUUCGUGCCACGAGGUUGACAUCUGCGGUGUUGAGAAGCAAUUGGGGCGACACAAACGCCUUAGUGAUGAUAUAGCAGUGGAUCUGGAGAAGGCGGCAGAGCAUUGUCCAGAGUUCGGACGCUCAAAGGAAUGGGGAAAGACCCAGAGGGUGCUGGAUUUGAUGUUUCAGUGUGAAGACGUUAGAGACUAUAUUAACGAGAUACUGGAAGCGCUAGACAGACUGAAUCCGAGAGAGAUGGGAGUGAUGACAGUGCGGAGAACUCCGAGUGAGAUGGAUAAGAGAAUUGAAGUGAUACUGUCUCGGAUGUCUGAGCUGCAGAAGAACUAUCCCGAAUUGAACACCAAAAUUGACGAAUCAGUGGGCAAGGGAACAAUUUGUUCCUUUUCUGCAGCAGGCCUGACCCGCCAGGUCAACUGCUGCAAAAGCGCGUUUGUACUGGACCCAGACACGUUGGACCCAGACACGUUGGACCCAGACACGUUGAACCCAGACGCGUUGGACCCAGACACGUUGGACCCAGACACGUUGGACCCGGACGCGUUGGACUCAGACACGUUGGACCCAGACACGUUGGACUCAGACACGUUGGUUUUUACAUUAAUUAGUUUUACAUAA